CUUGAUUCGAAGUGCUCUUAUUUCAUGUAAUGACUCAAAAGAUUUGAAUCCAAUUAUGAAUUUAGAAUCAACAGAUUUUUGUAAUAAAGAGAUGAAUGAAAUGUUUAGAUGUUUAGCCUGGUCACCAGCAGGAUGUUGUAAAUUAAAAAG